UAUCUACUUUAACCAUUUGCUCGAUAGACAAUAAAUUUUUUUUUCGAUAAAUGCGAUGACAUAAAAGAAUAAUAGUUCUUUCAUAGACAUUGAUAAAAAUUUAGUACCUCAUGAUUGACUAAGAUAUGUAAAAAGUGAUAAUACAUUAUCAGAUUAAUAUAAGUUGUAAAACAGGCUGCAAGAUACUUUUAUACUUUGUUUCAUACGUUUUUAAUUCAAAGGGAAUGUAUAUAAAAAAUUUUCACUCAUUCAAAAUUUAAGGAAGUAAUAUUUACUUAUAAGUAAAAUAAAUAUUACGAUUUUUAGUGUUUAUUAUGGCUAAAAUGUUUAAUGUGGUGAUUAUAUGUGUAAUUAGUUUUUCUGGAUUAUCAGAUUCUCAAUAUAGAAGGAUUGAUUGGCUUCAUAAUUUAUGCCAUUAUAUUAUUGAUAAUAGUACUGAUGAAUAUCAAGUAGCAGUAAUUACAGCUGAAAAUCAAAGAAAAUUAGCGAAUGAUCCACGAAUAAUGUACCUUAUUAAAUUCAUUAUGCAACAUCGUCCGAUUCUCCAUUUAAAUAUUGAUUUUGCAUCCGAAAAAAAUGAAGAAGAUUCAUAUAAAUUGUCUACUACUGCAUCAACAUUUUUCAUGUAUAUUGGUGAUACUCAGCACAUUUAUGUUACUCUGAUAGAGAGAAUUUUAGAUACUUUAAAAGAUCUAUCAGAACUCAAAACUAUAAUGAAAUAUUUACUUAUAUUUUUUUCUUCAGAAUCUAAUUUUGAUUUUGACAUAAUUUUUCAAUAUUCUUGGAAGAAACAAAUAGUUGAUUUUACUAUUUUAGAAAUACCUCGAUGUGAUCAAUCAAAAGAAAACAAAAUGCUUGAAACUUGUAUUUCUAAUGAAAUAAUCAUUCGUCACUUUAAUCCAUUUUUAAAUUUAUCUACUCAGGAGUUUUAUUCUCCAAAAAGUCAAUGGUUUCCUAAUGUAAUGACUAAUUUACAUGGUUAUCCAAUAAAAGUUGGUGUCUUUCAUAGUCCACCAUUCUCUAUGGUAAAAUGGAAAGAUAAUCUUGAAGUAGAAUCAGCAUCGGGGGCUGAUAUUACUUUGACUCGACAUUUGGCAAAGAAAAUGAAUUUUACAAUAAAGUUUCUACCACGAAUGAUUGAAUUUCAUACUGCAAAUAACAGUUUAAAACAGUUAUUCGGUUUAUUAAACUUUUACAAAGUUGAUAUUUUAGCUCGUGUGACUCCACAUUAUACUGAAGAUCUGGAGGAAGAUGCUAUCAGAUCAGCUCCAAUACUUUUAGAUGAUUUCUGUGCUUUAGUACCGAAAAAAUUAGAAGUACGUAUUCCAUUUUCAUGGGAAGCUUUUGAAGGAAUAUUAAUAAGCAUUGCUAUCAUAUGCUUCUUUUGGAUACCCGCUUUAUUACUUAGAUUUGAUAAAAGACGUUGGAGUGUUUUUGUUAUUUUACGAGUACUCUUCGGUAUACCUGUUUAUGGUAGUCCAUUAAUCAUUUCUCAAAGAAUGUUUUAUGCAAUUUUACUGCUUAUUUCAUUAACAUAUUCUGCCAAUAUUUAUGGAUCAUUAACUCGUGUCAGUAUUGAUACUGACAGUGAAGUUGAGUAUCGUACAUUUGAUGAUCUUGCUAAGUCACCAUUUACUUUUGUUAUCCCACGAUAUCUUUAUGAAAAGACAUUUAGUGACAAAAAAGAACUUCUUUUAUUGAAGAACAAAACCAUCAACUAUAUUGAAGCAUGGAAAUGCCCAUUUCAUGCUCAACAAUAUAAAAAUGUUUCUUGUUUAAUAAGUAGAUAUGAAGCAAUCAUUUUUAUGAAUUAUAAACAUCUUAAUAGUAAAACAGAUGGCCUAAAAUUAACUAAUUUAUGUUUUUGGAGUGACGCUUAUUCUUUUCUUUUACGAAGAGAUUCACCAUUACGAAGAUCUAUGAAACAUAUCUUUUUAUUUUUCACUGAAGCAGGAUUAAUUAAAAAAUGGUACAAAGAUGAUAUAAUUGAUAUGGAAAUUGCCAAAGAUGAAGACGAAAAUGCAUUUUUUAUCCCACGUGGUGUUUUAAUUGAUCAACUAUUAGCUGUUUUACUCAUUGGAUAUGUUACAUCAAUUAUUGUUUUUAUUGGAGAAAUUUUAUUUCAAUCAAUUACAAUAUCGUUUCAUAAAAUUAUUUUAAAAAUAAAGAAGUCAUAAUACUGUGAUGCGUGAAUGAAGAAUCACCCAAUAAGAUAAUGUUUUACCUACAAGAAAAACCAGUAACUUAUGAUGGCUGUAAAGUAGGACUUUGUGAUUGGGAAUAUUUAAAA